AUGGAGGUGGAGGAGGCGUUCCCGCUGGUGGGGCAGAUGGGCCCUUACCAGGUGUACCUGUGUGUCCUGCUGGCCGUGCUCCUCCAGCUUUAUGUGGCCACUGAAGCCAUCCUCAUCGCAUUGGUGGGUGCAACUCCUCCCUACCACUGGGAUCUCCAAGGGCUCUCAGCUAAUCAGAGCCAUGGCAACCAUUCAGAGAGCGAGCAGAGGGCUUUUGGGGAAUGGCUUCUGACUGCCAAUGGCAGUGAGGUGCGUAAGCACGUACACUUCGGCAACAGCUUCACAUCCAUAGUCUCUGAGUGGUUUUUAAUUGGCAAUGCAUCGUACAAAGUCAGUGCUGCCAGUUCUUUCUACUUCAGUGGUGUGUUUGUUGGAGCCAUCUCCUUUGGCCAGCUGUCUGAUCGCUUUGGGAGGAAAAAAGUCUAUCUCACAGGUUUUGCUCUUGACAUUGUGUUUGCCAUUGCAAACGGAUUCUCACCCUCGUAUGAAUUCUUUGCCAUUUCCAGAUUCUUGGUAGGGAUGAUGAAUGGCGGGAUGUCACUGGUAGCCUUUGUUCUGCUGAAUGAGUGUGUGGGUACAGCCUACUGGGCAUUAGCAGGUUCUAUUGGUGGCUUGUUCUUUGCUGUUGGAAUUGCCCAAUAUGCUUUAUUAGGGUAUUUCAUUCGUUCCUGGAGGACUCUGGCUGUUGUGGUUAAUCUGGAAGGAACAGUCGUCUUUCUCCUCUCUCUAUUCAUUCCUGAGUCCCCACGCUGGCUCUAUUCCCAGGGCCGUCUGAACGAGGCAGAAGAUGCCCUCUACCUCAUUGCAAAGAGGAACCGCAAGCAGAAAUGCACUUUUUCAUUAAAACUCCCAGCAGAGAGGAGCUCCAGAGAGGCUGGCAGCUUUCUGGACCUGUUCCGAUACAGGAUUCUCCUGGGACGCACCUUGAUCAUGAUGUUCACCUGGUUUGUGUGCAGCUUGGUUUACUAUGGUCUCACCCUUAAUGUGGGUGACUUAGGUGGAAGUAUUUAUGCCAAUUUAGCGCUGUCAGGCUUGAUAGAAAUCCCAGCAUACCCAGUCUGUAUUUACUUGAUUAACCAGAAAUGGUUUGGUCGGAAGCGAACGUUGAGUGCAUUUCUGUUCCUGGGAGGAUUGUCUUGUCUUAUUGUCAUGUUUCUGCCUAAGAAGAGAGAUACUGGAGUGUUUGCAGUGGUGAAUAGUCGCUCUCUGUCUUUGCUGGGAAAACUGACAAUCAGUGCUGCUUUUAACAUUGUCUACAUCUACACAUCAGAACUUUAUCCCACAGUCAUCAGGAAUGUUGGAAUGGGUGCCUGCUCCAUGUUUUCCCGUGUUGGUGGAAUCAUUGCGCCUUUUGUCCCUUCAUUGAAAUCUGUACAGUGGUCUCUGCCUUACAUUGUGUUUGGAGCAACUGGUCUGUUGUCUGGGCUCUUAAGCUUGUUGUUGCCAGAGACCCUAAACAGCCCUUUGCUAGAAACUAUUUCAGACCUGCAGGUGUGCUCCUACUGGAGGCUGGGUGAUGAAGCCAUGUCACUGCAAGCCCUAGAUGGCUCACAGUCUGGAGACAAAGACAGCUCUACAGGGAGUGGAAGUGAAGAUGAGGAGUUCUAUGAUGCUGAUGAAGAGACUCAUAUGAUCAAGCAAUGAAAA